UUGAGCAGCAUCCCUUCAACCGAACUAUUGCACAACGAACAGACUACAACGUCAAUAUUUACUACUACAGCAACCCUUCAACCGAGCUAUUGCACAACGAACAGACUACAGCGUCAAGAUUUACUACUACAGAUUAUAUACCAAAUGGAUUCCUGGUGUGGUAGACUGAUUACGUCAGUAUUCAUCCUUCCCUUCACUGCUGGAAAUUACCGUAGACGGCAAAAUGGAUUCUGGUAUUAUGACUGUUCGAUCUCAUUCCGUGUUCUGUUCUUGGGCUUCCUGGCAAUUAUCAUAGUGUUCAGCGCUACCAAUACGAUCUACGACGGAGCAAAUGUUCGGCUGGGAGUUGUCCUGCUUCUCCUGUCGGUACUUAUGCUUGGCGGUGUAUCCGUAUGCCUAAUACUUGUAUGUUUAGCACAGUUGCGUGGCCUACAAUGCAUUGUCGCGACAAGAAGAUAUACACAUACAACUAAACUUCAAGUUUGUUUCCUUUGGAUUUUCGGUCUUGCAUCCAUUCUUUAUUCUACUCUCCUUAUCGGCAAAUUGAUCGAAUGUUCAGGAAACACUACCGCUGGGCUUUAUUGGAACUCGAUAAUAUGUUUUAAUUGUUUAUUGGUCGUUUGUUUCAUCUCGGAGAUUAUUUUUAUUACUUAUUUCUCAGAGUCCAAACUGAAACAUUCUACACUAGCAAAUUACUCUAUGUUAUUGCUUUUGGCUGCAAACACAUGUGUGCAGUUAUACGUCUCAAUCAUUGGGGAUGCAUUUACUACUUUUAUUGAGAUCAACAAAGAAAACGCGACAAACUGGUGUCUAGAAAGAAACAGCACAAUGACUGUUCUUAUUGAGAAAUCAAGAAGUAUUCUUGCACCAACAUUUAUGGAGUUCUUCCUGUUGUCCAGUACAAUGAUUUUAGAUAUAUGGUCACCCUCCAACGAAAGCAGUCAUGAAAACGAAACACGGCACUCGGAAAUGAACGGCAUACAGGAUUCUGAGCGAACGUCUCUCCUACCACAUACAUCCGCAAUCGAACCCGACUAUUCUGGGAAUGGGAGCAGACGUAUGUUGUGCCAAAUGAUAACCAUAGUUGUUAGCCUACUGACAGGAUUUGGAAUGGUCAUUUUUUACGUUGCCAUGGCGAUGAAUGUGGGAAAUAUUCAAACUCUUCAUUUCCUCGCAGAAUUUUAUGAAUUAAUUUUGAAAGUUUUGAUGACAAUUGCAACCUUUCUCGGGUUCUUUUGUUUAGUGAACUACUGCACGCCGGAUCGCUCACCAAAGCGAUUCAAAAGUCGGGAAAAUGUAUAUUUGCUGUCGGUAUUCGGUUUGAUGAUGCUUCACAUAUGCAAAGUCAUACAAGGGGACGUGACGUCAUACCUAGACUCCAAAAUUCUUCUAUAUACAAACAUCAUAAGUAUUUUCCAGGACUAUCUGCAAGUUGUGUUUCUGUUACACGCUAACCGAUGUAAGAAAUCUGACCCUCGAUCGCGAAUCGUUUUGCUUGAAUCAGUUCUGCUAUUCAUUAUGAUAAACAACUUUGUUCUAUGGAUAAACGAUACUUUUCUUUUGUCUCAGUACCCGAUCACACGAGUUAUGGCACAAGAAAGGUUUUCUACGGGUUUGCUUAGACUUGGGUACACAGUAUUAUUACCAGUGUCAGUCUUUUAUAGAUUUACUUCGUUUUUACAAUAUUAUGCAACUUUUCGAGACUAUACAUCUUAAUGAAUCAAACACAUUUUUAAUGAACUUCUCGGUCUCUAGCAUCACCUGGGAGUCCUAGAGGGACGAAACAGCUGCAUGGUGCAGUGUUAUUCAUUUCUGACAUACUGUAUUUAUUACCAAAUUUUAAAGGUGCAGUUCUAUAUGUGUGUCUUAAUUCAUCUUUGUCUAGGGCAGGGGUUCGGGGAGAUGAAUUAAAAUCAAUGAUCAGAAUUUAAAAACAUCAUGAAUUCAGAUGUAUGGAGAGUAUUUAACAUUAAUGGUGUAGCGACGAUAGUUCCAGACUUCAGAGAGA